CCACAGGUGUGUCUGGGGCUGUUGGGCAAAGAGGGAGCUGCCGUUGAGGAGCGUGGUUGUGUGCGUGGCUCUGUACAAGACACUGAGUGCCGGGAAGUGGUUGGUGGUGAUCACAGGGACAAUGAGGGCCAAUUAUGAGCAGUCAACUUUUGGCUUGCUUACAACAAACCUGCCGGCCACGAUUAAGUCCUUGGGUUUGCAUCUCCAUGAUGCCGCCGAAAAGCGCCAGAUAGCAGGGGCGGUGGACGGCGAGACAAGCACGUUCCUGGUGGGCACAGCCAUCGCAGGAGCGAUCUUCAUAGACUAUAUGUUGCUGGCCGUCAUAGCAGCAACCAGGAGGUUCGUAGUGAGCCGCAAUCCCUACCCUGCCUCUCGGGACGCUCACCUCACCGCCGCUCUCUACUCGGCACUGGACAACUUCCGCUAUUAAGAUUUAUUACGUGUUCGGAAUAUAGUCAUGUGGCAACACUUCACGCUGUACAUAAUAGUGUGCUUAAGUAUCGCACUGGCUGUCAAAGGUUACGUGUUUAACAGCGCCCAUAUGUAAUAUUGGAGUCUCCUGGCUAUGGUAAGAGCUGGGCUGUGAUUAAGAUGCCAUACAGGUCAUAAUGUAAUCACGGGUGAGGGGGAAUAAUAGUGGUAUAUCAAACCAGUUUUAGAGAUCUUAACUUUGUGAUGUCACUAAAUAAAGUUUAUUUUAAACGUUACAUGUUAAUCAUAAGCCCCUAGUAAGUGAUUUGUAUAUAAUAUAAAUAAAAAAUGGGGAAAAG